UCCUAUUAUCCUUUAUGUACGCGGCGUAUCUGUUCGGUGCGCGGGCGCAGUCGCCGUCCGCUCACUCGCACCGCCUCUGCGCUCAUCCAGCUAUCCAGAACAGAGAACCAAGAUGACAGUGAAGAAGCGAGCGUCGGACCUGACGAGUCUGGAGCGGUUCAAUUUGUACUAUAGGGAGAAGGAGCCGCCGCUCACCUCCACUCAGAAGUUCAAGCGGUUCAUCUGGAACCCGAAGACGAGGCAGUUCUGCGGCAGGACUGGGUCCAGCUGGUCCAAGAUUGCUCUUUUCUACUUCAUCUUUUACUCAGCCUUGGCUAUCCUGGUGGCGAUAUGUAUGUGGACCUUCCUGCAGCUGCUGGAUGCACGGCAGCCUAAAUGGCAGCUGGAGAGCAGCAUCAUUGGCACCAACCCUGGUCUAGGCUUCAGGCCAAUGCCGCCAGAGGUCGCUAGCAGCGUCAUUUGGUAUAAGGGUAACGACCCCGGCAGUCAUCAGUUCUGGGUGAAGGAACUGUCGAAAUUCUUGUCAGCAUACAAACGCGACGGCAAAAAGGCUGGUGCUGGUCAGAACAUCCACAACUGCGACUUCAAGCUGCCCCCACCAGCCGGCAAGGUCUGCGACGUGGACAUCAGCGCCUGGGGCCCUUGCGUAGAGGAUAAUCAUUUCGCCUACCACAAGUCCACUCCCUGCAUAUUCCUGAAGCUCAACAAGAUCUAUGCGUGGAAGCCAGAGUUCUACAACAGCUCUGAUAGAUUGCCUGAGGCAAUGCCUGAAGAUCUGAAGGAGCAUAUUAGGAAUAUGACAGCUUAUGACAAGAAUUAUUUGAACAUGGUGUGGGUAUCGUGCCAAGGCGAGAACCCUGCCGAUCGCGAGAACAUUGGCCCCAUUCAGUACCUGCCACAUCGAGGAUUCCCAGGGUACUACUUCCCCUACACCAACCAGGAGGGGUACCUGAGUCCUCUGGUCGCGGUGCAUCUACAGAGACCGAAGACCGGCAUGCUGAUCAAUGUUGAGUGUCGCGCGUGGGCGAACAACAUCAAGUACGACCGGGUGGAAGGCGUGGGCUCAGUCCACAUCGAAAUCAUGAUCGAGUAGACCAUCAUCAGAAACAAAGUUCAUUCAAGACAACUAUGGACAAGAAUCAAAUCGACGAGUAGUUUGUUUCAAAUUUAACGUCUUGGGACCAAAGACUAUUCACUAUACGUUCUUCGACUCAUUUUCUUCUUUAAAUAUACCAAAUAAUUAGAGGUACCUCGGAAAAGAUCAAAUCUAAAUUUGUGAUUGCUUUAUUAAGGUAUAAUUGUAGUGUGAUUGUGCAUGAGUGAUAUUUAUUUAUAAAUUAAUAAUAAAUUUAGUUUCACAGAU